AUGAAGUUUACACUUGCCGCCACUGUCCUCGUCCUCGCAGGUAUCGCGCAGGCUAAUGUCGCUUGCUACUGCACUGGGCCAGCCGAGCUCAAUCCAGACAGAUUCGCUAAUAUCUGCUGCACUGACACCUCCGGGGUGACUUUCCCCGACGGAAGGGACCGACCUGGUAGUUGGGAUGGUAGGAACGGCGAAUGUCGAUUGCAGACAGAUGGGUUGGGCUUUACGCUGAACCAAAUGAUCAAUGCUUGGGCUCCUUGCUGCAGGAGUACAGGGCCACAGGGCCCGAACGGAGAGGACUUGCUGUGGGGUGGGAACUGCAAUGAUGUCUAA